ACCAACAACGCAAUCUUGGAGCUCGACACCACCGGAAACCUCGUCCUCUUCGACGGUGGCGACACCGUUAUCUGGGUCUCGAACACGUCCCGCGCCGGGGUGCAAUCCGCCGGCAUGUCGGAAUCCGGCAACCUCAUUCUCUACAACGACGUAAACCAACCUGUGUGGCAAAGUUUCCACCACCCAUCAGACACUCUCCUCCCAAACCAACCUCUAUCAGUCUCUCUUGAACUAACGACACCAAAAUCACCCUUGGGAGGCAGUUACUACGCGCUCAAAAUGCUUCAACAACCAACUUCUCUAAGCCUUGCUUUGACGUACAAUUUGCCUGAGAGUUACAACGCCAAUCCAGAAUCAUACGCCAACUAUUCGUAUUGGCAAGGACCCGACAUAUCGAACGUAACCGGGGACGUCGUGGCGGUUUUGAACGAAGCCGGAAGUUUCGGAAUUGUGUAUGGAGAAUCAUCGGACGGAGCAGUUUAUGUGUACAAGAAUGAUGGUGACUAUGGCGGCCUGUCUUCAGCCUCGAAUCGGUCUACUCGGUUAUCGGUUUUUCGACGGCUAAUAUUGGAGAGUAAUGGCAAUUUGCGCUUGUAUAGAUGGGACGACGACGUCAAUGGAUCGCGCCAAUGGGUUCCGGAGUGGGCAGCAGUUUCGAAACCUUGCGACAUUGCUGGGAUUUGCGGAAACGGGAUAUGCAAUUUGGACAGAAGUCAGACAAAUGCAUCUUGCACUUGCUUGCCGGGGACUUCUAAGGUGGGAAAAGAUAGUCAGUGUUCGGAGAAUUCUUCGUUGAUCGGGAAAUGCGAUUCGAGACAGGAUUAUCAGAAAUCACAGUUCAAGAUAUCGACUGUUAAGCAAACCAAUUACUAUUACUCUGAUUUUUCUGUUAUAAAUAACUAUAGCGAUAUUCGGAAUGUUUCAAAAUGCGGUGACGCUUGUUUAUCUGAUUGCGAGUGUAUUGCCUCUGUUUAUGGAUUUGAUGAUGAGAAGCCUUAUUGUUGGGUUUUGAGGAGCUUGGAUUUUGGUGGGUACGAGGAUACUGGAUCUACACUGUUUGUGAAGGUUAGAUCGGACGGUAGGGUGACGCCGGAAGGAGGAGGAUCUGGGGAUUCUGAAGAAGGUUCUGGAAAUGGGAAAGAAAAGAUUUUGGUUAUUCCCAUUGUUCUCAGCAUGACUUUUCUUAUUGCUCUCCUCUGUCUGUUGUUGUACUACAAUGUGCAUAGGAAAAGGUCCUUGAAAAGAGCCAUGGAGAGUUCUUUGAUCUUGUCCGGUACUCCGAUCAAUUUCAGUUACCGUGAUUUGCAAAUUCGAACAUGGAAUUUCUCGCAGGUUCUCGGAACCG